AAGUCGGCAAAAAAAAACUGCUGUAUCCUUCAUUUCUCUUGGACAUGAUACGGUAGAGAAUUCUCUCUUUACGAGUCUACGUUUCCGCAAUUGAUCUCGAUUUCAAUGAUGAUAAACGAGAUUGGAAUAGAUCGUGCUGCGAGAGUCGAUCGAAUGAUUCUCGAGACUUGCCGCUUGACACCUCUCUUUAAUAGACGCUAAUUAUCAGUUAUAUUGCUUGUCGUCGCGGUUUAUUUGAGAACGCACACGGAUCGCAGACGAGCGACGCGAGAUAAGCCGCGGCGCGUCUUCAUAGGCUACAUACGGGGGCAAACAUAUGGGCCCAACAUCGUCGAGAUAGUGGUGAACACGCGAGAGAUAAGGGAACAAAGGAAACAUUCUAGGAUGCAUCUCCUCUUCGUGCCUGAACGAUGAGUCGCAUCAACGUCAGAGAACAGUAUAACCGUCUGUUGCUCAUCACGUUAUCGUCACUUAAUGAAAGAAGAAGACCCGUGAGUCUAGUUGUUAUCUCUAGAGCUGCUCGUAUAAUUGUACUGGCUUGCAAUUAACAAUCAACAAUCGUAUUAAGGCCAAUUGGAUGGCACGAGGGCGGUGAUGGGUCGUCAUCUGUGCCGCGUCUUCGAAGUUAAUUAUGAAGUAACAGAUAAAUAGAUCUCUCUAGAUCUCUUCGUUGAAUCACACAUAUCGAUAAGACGCGACCAACUCCGAUGUCGGCUCGAAUUCGAAUUCCGAAGUCACCAGUGCCUGUUAGCUGCGAGCGGUGGAAACAUCGAGGAAAACGAGGCUGCAAGUGAUAAACGACUACUAGUUAAUCGCGGAAUUUUCGCGGCGACACUGAUAACAGAAAAUAUAAAGCCACGAAUGAAAAAAAAAAUGAAGUAAUAAAGGCUGAAUAGAUUAGUUUUUAUAUUUUCAGUUUAUGCGUUAAAGUGUUACACGCGAUUGCCAUGAACAUAAUAUCGGUGAUAAUUUUUGUGAACGCGAUCUUUCCAAUUGUAAAAUAGAUAUUAUACCUUGUAUAAUUCUUUUAUAUAAAAUACUUGAAAAAAAUACAUACAAUAAUUAAUAAAUCGUUCUCUGAAAAGCUGUGAACAGCACAAACGUUCGGAAAACUAAAUAAGUAAAAGCGACGUAUGUGUUCCAAAGAUGAAAGUAUCAAUACAUGAAUGAUCUGAAAUUAAGGGCAUUCGAUAAAACUUGAAGAAAACUACUUGUUGAGUUCAUUGCGUCAAAGGCCGCAACUCCGGAAUCGCCAGGAAAAAUAGGACAGCCGUUCCAUUCUCGUCUCACAUGGCUACAAUUACAAAUAUCGGUGCCUUAAAGGAAGGCGAGCCGAAAGAGGAAAUCGUGAUGCAAGCCUCGUCUUCCCAGGACAAGCGUCACCAUAGCAAACGCACACAAUGGAGGCAAUGGCUAGCAUGUAUAUCAGCGACUCUAUCCAUGGUAGCAGUCGGUACUGUUUAUGGAUGGACCACCACGUCUCUCUCGCGACUCAUGUCCAGCGACAGCGACGUUCCAGUGAGGAUUACCCAAGACGAGAGCUCGUGGAUCGUAUCGCUGACGGUGAUCGGUUCGAUGAUCGGUCCAUUCCUCGGAGCGGGCCUCGCCGAUCGAUACGGCCGUAAAAGAUCUCUUCUGUUCGCUAGCGGUUUCUUCAUCGUCGGUUGGACAGUCGUCUUCUUCGCUCGGAGCGUCGCGGCUCUCUAUAUCUCGAGGAUAAUCCUGGGCAUCGGCGUGGGUAUGUCGUAUACCGCCAACCCGAUGUACGUGUCGGAAGUAGCCGACGUCGGUAUUAGGGGCGCCCUCGGCACUCUGAUCUCCGUGAACGUGUUUACCGGCUCCUUACUGACGUGCAGUAUCAGUCCCUGGGUGUCUUAUCAGGUUCUAGCGGCUAUACAACUCGCAAUACCCAUCCUCUUCGUGGUGUGCUUUUCCUGGUUUCCAGAGACUCCCGCGUUUCUCGCGGCCAGGGGUCGCAGAGCGGAGGCCACCAGGUCUCUGGCGUUCUUCAAAGGGAUACGCGAUCGUGACGAGGCUAGAAGAGAGCUGGAGCACUCUUUGCGUAACAAUUUGUUCGAGGACGUUUGCGACAACAUUCCGUCAACCGGUCCUGGGGCGCGAACGGAACCGGUCAAGCGCAGCUGGAUUGUCAAGCUGAAGCUGAUGCUGUCGCCCAGCAAUGUCCGUGCUCUCGGCAUCGUUCUCGGUCUCAUCAUGGCGCAGCAGCUUAGCGGGAACUUCAGUACUAUGCAGUAUCUCGAAGUACUCUUCAAGAAGGUGGCCGUCGGCAUCGACUCCAACAUGGCUACAAUACUCGUCCUCGCGGUGGGCCUUGUCUCGUCCGGAUUAUCAACCGCGACCGUCGAAGGCGCGGGCAGACGUCCACUACUGAUAGCCUCCACCCUGGGCUCCUCCGUUACCCUCGCGAUCCUCGCGGUAUACCUUAUGCUGGACGGACGAGGCGUGGACAUGUCCGCGGCGAAUCUCCUUCCGGUGGUCGACGUGAUCGCCUUUCAGGUGACCUUUCAGAUCGGGUUGGGCACGUUGCCAAGCGCGCUGAUCGGCGAAUUGUUUCCCACUGAGGUGAAAGGAUUAGCCGGCGCCAUCAUCACCAUCUUUGACGGCGUGCUCGGCUUCGUCGUCUCCAAGCUGUACCAGGUGAUCGGCGAUUCGCUGGGCGCCGACAUCGUUUACUAUUUCUUCGCGGCUUCGUGCUUAUUCGCGUUUGUAAUGGUGAUAUUUGUCGUGCCCGAGACCAAGGGACGGACGUUCCGUGAAAUUCAAGAACUUCUGAGGGACGGUAACAGGAAGGUGGAGAACGUCGAAAAUACGCAGAAUCGAAAUAACGUGGCGUGACAGAGAGAGCCGUACCGCGCUCUACGCUGGACGCGGCGCCAACUCGCUUAUCCAACGUCAUCGAACGUUCUUUCCGAAGCGACGAACUUUGAAACGGCGAUUACUUAUCCUCACUUGUAUAUAUACAGUAGCUUUGUAUAUGCGACGAAAAGCGAGUCGCUAAGACGAAAUCGUCUUUGUCCCGCGGCUUGUGUUCUCCACGACUUUUCUCGCAUUCCCAAUCGAGAAAUAAAGAACUUAUUAAAU